AUGGAGCAUUCUGAUCCUAAGGUUAACAUGGAUACUCCGUACAUUCCAGAGGUUAUACAUGCCAAGAUGUUUUCGGCAUUGCAGUCGGCUUUGACCGAGGAUCCCGACUCGGGAUCGCAAUCGGCUCGGUCAGGUAUCGGGAUUGACAAAGCGCAACAGGCACUCGGUGUGCCGAUUGAGAAGGUGUGGAUCCCGUAG